AUGUUCACCCAGCCCGUCUCGUCGCCUCCGCCAGGGCCUCAGUCCGCCACGCCCGUCACCACGUCGCGCCCCAGCCGCCUGCGUGGCCUCAGCUACCUGCGCAACUACACGCACAACCACCUGCUGUCGCGCGACACCCACCACUCGGCCGCUUCCCCGGCCGCCUCCCCGCACAACCUCACCCGAUCCGUCAGCUACUCGCUCGCCUCGACGGCCGCCCACGGCUCCAAUAGAUUGACCCUCAUCAAUUCCACCCCCGACGCGCCCCUCCGCCCCAGGGCCCCACAGAUGCGAGCUUCGUCGGCCAGCCCCAUCCCCGAGACGACCGCUGUCGUCGUUUCGGACCCUCGAGACGCGUCCCCGUCGCCGCCUCAACCCCAGCAGUCCCAGCUCGCCCCCAUGGCCAGGACAACCGCCUCGCCCGCCGAGAUUGCCUCGUCCGCAAGCCCCGACACGGCGCCCUCGAUCCGCUUCUCCGCCUACUACGACCCGCGAUCCACGCGCCCGUCCCUCUCCUUCGCCCCCAUCUCCCGCACCUUGCCCGCCGCCUCAGAUGUCAUCCGCGUCGGCCGCUACUCGGAGCGCGACGGCCAGGCAGCCGCCACCAUGUUGGGCAGCCAACCCUCGGCCGCCCCCGUCGGCUUCAAGAGCAAGGUGGUGAGCCGCCGCCAUUGCGAGUUUUGGUGCGAAGACGGCAAGUGGUACAUCAGAGACGUCAAGAGCUCCUCGGGCACCUUUCUCAAUCACAUCCGCCUCAGCCCGCCUUCGCAGGAGAGUAAGGCUUAUCCUGUCAACGACGGCGACAUUGUCCAGCUCGGCAUCGACUUCAAGGGCGGCGAGGAGAUGAUUUUCCGCUGUGUCAAGAUGAGGCUCGAGCUCAACCGCGGAUGGCAGAACAAGCUCAACACCUUCAACGUCGCCGCCCACAAGCGCCUGCGGACCAUGGCUUCCAACGGUGCAGCCUCGGCACUGUCAAGCUCAAACUCCCAGGACUGCUCCAUCUGCCUAAAUUCGAUUGCGCCAUGCCAGUCGCUGUUUGUGGCCCCGUGCUCGCACACGUGGCAUUUCAAGUGCGUGCGGUCGCUGCUCACGUCGCCGCAAUAUCCCAUAUUCGUCUGCCCCAACUGCCGAGCCGGAGCGGACCUCGAGGCCGACGUCGACGAGCCCUCAGAUGAGUGGCAGCAGCUCGAGGAGGAGGGCCGCGGAGAGGAGGACGUCGAGGAAAGAAAAGAAGAGCCUUCGGGCAGCCAAUCACCGGCAUCGGCGCCAGAGCCUGCAGACGUAACGGUUCAAGAUGCCGAUGCCGUCGACGUGACGGUCGCCGUUGGCACAUCGGAGAGCCCGGCCGCCCGGCCGCCUUUGCACCACGCGACUACGGAGCCUUUGCCCAUAAGCAGCCCAGUUUCGGGCGCCGGCAGGGUCGGACGCCUGCGGGAAAACGGUUCCCCGUCGCUGGGUGCCAACGGCGAGGGCCUGGUCACCCCGAGAAACAAUGCUGGCCCGUGGGUGUUUGACGGCAGUGCAGGACGCCGGGCGGUGGAUGCUACUACCGGGAUGCGAAGCCUCGACGCGGCAGCCGAGAUGGGCGCCACCAGUCACCAUCCAAGCGACGACUCUUCCUAA